GACAGGGUGUCGAGAAAAAUAACGACGUUGCUCGCUCUAUAGUUCUACGGAAGUCAAAUAAGUGGGAUUCAACAGGAGACGUGCUUCGUUUUGAAUCAAGACAGUGGCUCUUAAAAAACAGAGAGCGAGAACCGCGAGAAUACAAUAAAAGAAAUUUAGAGUACUGGAAUAAUGAGAUAAAGAAAAAACAUUGUGGACCUGCUCAACAAUGCAGGGCACAGCCUCAGGAUAUAGGAGAAAACACUUGCAACCCCUCAACAAGUGGCCCCAUACAAACCCCUCCUCUCAACAUUGCAAAGAUGACCGUUCCUCAGCUAAAGCACCAACUGAAACAGAAGGGGAUAAAAGGGAUUUCAAAAAAGUCAAAACAAGAGUUAGUUGACAUGUUAACAUCUAUAAUUUAA